AUGAGGACCACCUUCUUUGCCGCCACCGCGGCCAUGGCUGGUGCCGCCACCGCCGCUGCCGCCAACCAUCGUCACGCUCACCACAUGUUCGCCAAGCGCGGCCACGCUGCCAGCACCGGUUUCCCCAUUGCUGCCACUGGUGAGGUCUGCCUCCCUGGCUGCACCACCAUCUGGAAGACCAUUACCGGCGAGGCUACCCUCAUCCCCAACAAGGUCACCACUGUGACCUCGACCUCGACCAACACGUCGACCGUCAUCAUCACCUCCGUCCCCACCGCCGUCUCGACUCCUGUCAAGACUGUCCCGACUGUCCCGACCACUACCGUCGUAGUCGUCCCUACUCCCGAGGUGCAGCGCUGCCCUACUCCCGGCACCUACACCUUCCCGGCCACGACCAUGACCGUCACCGACACGACGACCGUCUGCGGCGCCACUACCACCAAGGUUCCCGCUGGCACGCACGCCAUUGGCGGUGUCACGACUGUUGUCACCACCCUGACUACCGUCACUUGUCCCGUAGCAACCGUCGUGACCUCGGGCGGUGUCACCACCAGCACCAUUCGCAUGACCGAGUACGUCUGCCCUACCGCUGGCACUUACACCAUUGGUGCGCACACCACCGCCCUUUCGACCGAGACCGUCAUUGUCUACCCCACGCCUACCAUCAUUGUUCCCGGUACCUACACCAAGCCCCAGAUUGUCGUGACCGCCACUGAGACCAACUACGUCACCGUCUGCCCUUACACCAGCUCCGGCCUUCCUACCAGCACUCCUACUCCUUCUCCCGUGAGCACGUCUGCCCCUACUCCUGCUCCUACCAGCAGCACCGCUACUCCUAGCCCCGUUGCUCCCUCCUCGACCGCUUCUAGCUCUGCUGCCCCCAGCUCCUCUGCUGCUCCCAGCUCCUCCUCUGCUGCUCCCAGCUCCUCUGCUCCCGCCAUCCCUGGCAACAGCAAGACCGAGGUCAAGGGCACCAAUGACCACUUUGCCAUCACCUACGGCCCGUACGACAGCAGCUCUGGUGCCUGCAAGUCCGCCAGCCAGGUCAAGAAGGACAUUUCCGAGAUCAAGGCCGCUGGCUUCCAGGCCGUCCGCAUCUACGGCACCGACUGCGAUACUCUUGUCAACGUUGUCCCUGCCUGUGUCUCCCACGGCCUCCAGAUUAUUGCCGGUGUCUUUGUCAGGCCCGGUGGCCAGUGCUCCAUUGAGAACCCCGAGGUCAAGAAGCAGGUUGACGACCUCGUCGCCAUGAACAACUGGGAAGCCAUUCGUCUGCUCGUCGUUGGCAAUGAGGCCAUCAUGAACCACGUCUGCAACGCUAGCCAGCUCGCCAAGCUUAUCGUCGACGUCAAGGCCCAGUGCUCCGGCUUCCAGGGCCCCGUCACCAUUGCCGAGACGCUCAACAUUUGGCAGCAGACUGACGUGUCUUCGGCCAUUUGCCCUCUCGUCGACGUUGUCGGUGCCAACAUCCACGCCUUCUUCAACCCCAACGUCGAUGCCGCCGGCGCCGGCAUCUUUGUCAAGGGCCAGAUGGACAUUCUGCAGGGCAUUUGCAACAAGAACGUCAUCAACCUCGAGACAGGCUGGAAGAACGAGGGCCCUUGCAACGGCAAGGCCUGCCCCGGUGCCCAGGACCAGGCCAAGGCCAUCAGCUCCAUCCGUAAGACGUGCGGUGACGCCUCCGUCUUCUUCUCCUUUGACAAUGAGGGCUGGAAGCCCCAGGACGACCAGCGCUGGGGUCUCACCAACAUCUUCUUUUCCCAGUAA